AUGUAUAUAUGUGGAUAUACAUUUUUUCAUUCAUUUUCAUUACAAGCUAUUUAUCGAUUAACUCGAGUGAUCUAUCCAAUACAUAGUAAACGUCAACAUUAUAAUCUUUAUAUAAUUAUGUCAUUUGGUCAAUGGAUAUUUUCUGCUUUAGAAUUAUUACCAAGUUUAUGUAUUGGUGAUAUUGAAUAUUUACCUAAUGAUUAUCAUUGUCAAGUUGCAUUGACUAGUAUGCGUGGUUCAUUAACUGUUUGUUUACUUGGUUUUCUUUGUCCAUAUAUUAUAACAGUAUAUUGUUAUAUUCAUACAAUGUGUUAUGUUCGAAGACGAACUUUAACAGUUUUAAUAUUUCAACAACGAUCAAGUGUACGUCGAAAUCUAAUUAUUUUAAGACGUCUUGUUAUUCUUCUUACAUGUGUUAUUUCAACUGCUGCACCACAUGGAAUUUUACCUAUAGUUUAUAGUAUUCUUGGAGAACUUCCUCGAUGGUUAGUUCCAUUAGAAUGGGUUCUAACUAUUUUUGCACUUGUCACAAUAUCAGUAGCAAUUUUAUUCGUAUCUCCACUUGUAAAAAAAUUGUGCAUUUAA